AACGAGAAGAUGAUAAUCGAAGGCAUGGCGACAUUAACGUCGUUCAAUAUAUAUUUUGUCCCGCUGGUCUGGUGCACCGCUCUCAUCACUCGCGCUCGCAAAGAAGGUCGAAUACACGACGACUAUGCGCUGAAAACACUGAUGGAUGAGUUGAACAAAAUCAGAGGUCAGUAUGGCUCAUUGUUCAACUAUGACUGGGUCCCUAUACCUCUUGUCUACACACAGGUUGUGACUUUAGCAGUUUAUCUCUUCUUCAUCAUAAGUCUCUUCUGUCGGCAAUUUCUGGACCCAGCACAGGCUUACAAAGGCCACGAAGUCGACUUCUACGUCCCCAUCUUCACUGUUAUACAGUUUCUCUUCUAUAUGGGAUGGUUAAAGGUAGCCGAGACGAUGGUUAACCCUAUGGGGGAAGAUGACGAUGACUUUGAUUUAAAUUGGAUUAUUGACAGAAACAUAAAGGUGUCUUACCUGAUCGUUGACGAGAUGCAUGCUGAACAUCCGGAACUCAUUAAGGAUCAGUACUGGGAUGAGUUUAUGCCGGAGCUUCCAUAUACGGCGGCAUCGGAGAUCUACAAGACGGAGGCCUUCAUGGGAUCCGCGUUCGACGUCGUUGUGCCCAGCUCAGAAAUGGAUUUCCUGCCAACACUAGAAGGUAUCCCAGAGGACCAGGAAGAUAAUGAACGAUCCGUGGGUUACUCGUUGCAGAUUAAUAAGGGUAACACAGAGAGCUCGCCAGUGGACAUUGCGCCGCUUGCAAAGAUGACAAGUAGUGGAGAGAUCACAGGCGUCGGCAGCAGCUCCAAGCGUGUGAACCUGUUCACCAAGCUCAAGAGACAGUUCACGCGGCAAGAUACCAGAGCCAGCACCUCAUCUCUGCAGUCGCGUAGGAAGCUGUCGCUCCCUCGCUCGACCUCACGCUUCAGCCACGCGAGCACGAUCAACUCCAUGCCUGCCGUGAUGAAGGUCGAUGAUAACAUCUUCCACAUGUCAGAUAUCACUCUGGCAGAAGAAGAUAUUGGUUCCUCAUGUGGAAAAUCAAAUUCUCCACACUGGCAACGACUUAAUAGCCAGAAAGAAAGUUCAAGUCUCAGUGAGGAUGCCUGCAGUUUAACUCACAGUUCAACCCACGCUGAGCAGUUACUCGCAAGUAGUAAUGCCAUUCCGAGCACCAAGAAUCAUCCUACUAUUGUAACCACCUCUGGACAGGAGCGUUCUAAUCUGCUGGAUAAAUCUGCGAGUCAGGAAACAAUAACAGAUGAGAAAAAUAAAGUAUCUAGUCAAGCAGGGGUGACAAGUGUUUUCAUACCGAGGAGUAAAGGUUCCUAUUCCACCCUAGAUAACAUGGAUAAGGACCUGGGGACUGAACUGUAUGGAAGCUCAGUUCACAGGUCAGAAGGAUUUCUCAGUAAGCUGAUGAAAAAGAAGCGUAGGAGAAAUUCCGGAUCCGAAUCUUCUCUAUCCAAUGUCCUAGCUGAAUAG